CUUGUCAUCCAGCAGUACUUGCCCUGACACACCGGGCGAACUCUACUGUCAUCUGACUCGAUGUUAAAGAUGGCAGGAAACAAGUCUUACACUAUAGUUGAAUAUUUCGGCGGGGAUUGCGGCUACCGCUGUGGCUACUGUAAAAAUGAUGAAGGGAACUUUUCGCAUGGUAUGUGGUCUCACACCAUGACAGUACAAGACUACCAAGACCUCAUAGACCGAGGAUGGAGAAGAAGUGGGAAAUAUGUCUAUAAGCCCAAAAUGAACAAGACAUGCUGUCCACAGUAUACCAUCAGAUGUCAUGCACUGAAAUUCCAGCCUUCCAAAUCCCACAAGAAAAUCCUGAAAAAGCUGAACAAAUUUAUUUCCAAAGGGGAACUGCCAAAAGUACAGGAUGAUGGGGAGCCAAUGGACUCAGUGUGUGAAGAAGCAGGUCCACGGGAACCGAGUAAAGUCUGUCACUCAGAAGUGAAGUGUGCUGCUAUCACAGACAUUCAGAAGGAGCUACCAGAGUGUCCCGCUAUCACAGAAGUUCAGAAGGAGGUAGAGGAUGCUGUACCUGCUGACUCGGAAACAUCAAGAAGGGAUCAAGUGUCUAUCCCAGAUGAGAGAACAACAGCGACAGCUCCUAAACCAGGGAUUGGAGCUGAUCCUGGCCGGCCGCCAUGUCGGAAGGCCAAAGACUUAAGGAAGGAGCGACGUCUUCAGAAAGAGCAGGUUAGACAAAACGCUGAUGGGGUCUCUCCCAUUGUCUCUCCUACUCCACCUACUCCCGCCCAGACCAGCCAACCAAAGUCCCUGGAAGAUUUCAUCAAUGAGUCAUUGCCUGAAAAUUGUUCUCAUUGCCUUGAGGUGAGGCUAGUGCGCUCCAAUCCCCCUAGCCCGCAGUUCAAAGCCUCUUUCGACGCCUCCUACCAGGUGUACAAACUCUACCAGAUGGCCAUUCACAAGGACCCUCCUGACAAACCCUCCGAGAGCCAGUUCCGGAGAUUUCUAUGUGAUUCACCACUAGAGGCAGAGCAUUCUCCAGAUGGGCCCGAGGUGGGCUACGGCUCCUUCCACCAGCAGUACUGGCUGGACGGGCGCAUCGUAGCGGUGGGGGUGAUUGAUAUCCUGCCUACCUGUGUAUCAUCUGUCUACCUGUACUACCACCCAGACUUUGCCUCACUGUCUCUGGGCUCCUACUCUGCUCUCAGGGAGAUCGCUUUCACCAGGCAGCUGCAGAAACAGUCCCCCAAGUUGUCCUACUACUACCUGGGCUUUUACAUUCACUCCUGUCCCAAGAUGCGAUAUAAGGGGCAGUACCGGCCUUCAGACCUCCUGUGCCCAGAAACCUAUGCCUGGGUCCCAAUAGAGCAAUGCGUACCCCGCCUGGACAACUCACGCUAUGCUCGUUUGAACCAGGAUCCUGACGCAGGAGAUGCUCGGGUGCUGAAGGAUGUGGGCAGAGCUCUGGUGCUAUACAGACGGGCCGUCAUGCCCUACGCAGCCUACUCCCGCAAACGCAAAGGAUCCAGCGACGAGACGGAGGUGCAGCAGUACGCCGGCUUGGUUGGCCAGGACUGUGCUGAAAGGAUCUUGCUUUACCGUGCUUAAACACAUACAGCAUCACACCACUGCACCUUUUUAAAUAUAUACGUAAAUACACACCUCUCAGCAAUGUCUGUCUGUUUCUGUUUAUGUAUGUCUGUGUGUCUUUUCACUGUCUGUGAAAGUGCUUUCUGCUGCCGCUCCCUGUAGUCUCACCAUGCUUAGCUCUACACAGGCUGGAACAAUGCAGCAGUCACUCAAUAUAUAUUUACAGUACGUACCCAUUCACCCACUGGCCUCGCUCAUCAGUCAUGUCUCAUUCACAUUUUAUUUCAAAGAGUUAAAUUUUAUUUAUCAGCAUCCAUUCUCGGUUUACUUCUUCUGCAUCCUUUAGUUUGAUUUGACUCCCUGCAGGGAACGGUCCCUCGAAUGUUAUUUUGGUAUCAUGUAUUCAUCACUUUGAUUUUUCCAUCUUCAAUUCUGUACGCUUAAGUAAUGAUGUUCCUGAUGAUGAUGAUGAUGAUGGUGCUGCACACAGGUGACAGCUCUGCUCUGAACUGACACAGGUUUAGAUGUAUGUCAGCGCUGCCACUUGAAGAGCAUGUUCUCCUUUGACUGUUGAGUGAUUCUGAAGGUGGUUGUCAGUUGCUUACAUCAUGUCCCCAAACUCCACUACACCAAAACAUUAAAGACUUUUCAUCACUUGGUUUAUUUGAAGCAAAGAACUCUCUCAUUUCAGUGUUUUUUGUCUGUAAUAUUUUCUUUUAAUAUUGACUCUGUUAUUUUUGGUUAAACCAAAUAAAGGGGUUGCAUACUCCCUGCUUGGA